CUCGUCGCUCCAUUUCAACAUGUUCACGUGGUCAUGCGGAAUGGUAAUGAGGAAGACGAAGACCACUCGUUGCACUUGCGCUCAAAUGCGUUCUUGUGUGGAAACUCAAAAAUGGACAAACAGCCCGGCAGCACUUUUCAACGGAAGUAUUAACUUGUUUUGCUACGUAGUCUGAAUUUGUAUGGUACGAAGAUAGAAGAACUCGGUGGAAUCACGAAAGUAAAUAUUACUCGAGAUCAUUGUAUGUGGAUGUCGAAGUCCUCGUUCUUAGUUUGUCGUUGGACAAGCGGUGCGUCUGUAUGUGUAGCAGCUGAGCGACGAGGAGAUUCGCAAAUUCGCUCGUUUUCGAUGGUGAUAUAGUUGGAUCGAGAAAAAUUGAGCGAGAGUUGGGCGACUAGCAAACAUUGUGAGCUUUGUUGUAUUCGAAUGUUCGCUGCAUUGUCCAUGACCUUCUUGCCCGAACGCGGCUAGUGAAAGCAAAAAGUAAAUAGAACUUAUAGUAGUUUUGAGCUUAGAACAGAGCGCAACUUCUGAUACCACACACCUACUCUUGACACAAGAGUAAGACUAAGAGUCUGAGUCCAUCUGUUAUUCAACAUCAAGAAAGAUUAAGAUAAGAUGGUGGACACGGCCGACACUCUAUCUCGCCUCCAGUCCGCUGCCUCUUCUACCUACGGGACCUGGGUUAAACGACGUGCGGAGGAUUACUACCUGAAACUCCAGCGCAACAUAGAGGACGAGGCCGCAUCAUCUACAAACUUGCUAAACAGAGAACUGCGAACUUUGGACCCUGUUCAAAUUGAAAUCGCCGCGGACAUCUUGAGCAGAAACGCGUCCUUGACACAGGAGACGGAGUUGAUUGUGAAGGAAACGCUGUUUGUGCAUUCCUCCUGCGUCGCAGCUGCGAAAAAGGGACAUCUGUGUUGCAAGGUCAACGUUGGGGCGCUAAAUGCGACGUGCGCGGGCGCAAUAGCCGGCCAUGGCACAGCGGUGAUGAUCUGGGUCCCACCCACAAAAAACAGAAUUCCCGUGCCGCGUCUGAACGAUCCAAACCUGGCCCAGGUCCGAGCGGAGGACUUUCUUGAAGAUCAAGAUGGUGGAGCUGCUGCCGGGCCGAAUCUCCAAGACGCGCCGAACCCCGGCCCCGCAAUCCGAGAUCAAGUCCGGAACAACAAUGGAGCCGCCCCAGCGCCGAUCGCAAACCCAAAUCAGCUUUGGCCUACCAUGAUGUAUGACGGGCGUGCUCUUGAGGUUUGGGUUCGCGAAAGAUCCAGACUGGAUACUUACCCCAAGGCUGACGCGAAGGAGCUAUCCGCGGUGUUUCAGCCGCUUGCGGAUUCCGUGGCGCAGGAGCAGACGCGUGCCUGGAUGGCCGCGGUACGCCGUGGGGCGGCAAAAAGGAUGCUCGGCGAGGGUGAGCAAAGUGGCCGCCGAAGCAAUUUGCCGGACGGAGUCUUUCGCUUGCCGGUCCCGCUCGCGCACCUGCCCUCUGAGUUGUUCAUGCAGAUUAAAUCUUUCCUGCGCGACCCUGUGACGUCGGUGCUGCUGAACCCGAGCUACCUGGCCCGCCUAGCGCACGAGAGACGGCUGCAAGAUCUGGAGCAAACCCUCGACGCGGCACUGGCCCGGUACCUGCAAGAACUGCAGCAGACCUCUGCGCGCCUGUUGCCGGGGUACGAGAACAAAGUGCGUGGCAAGUUGGUCGUCUCGGAACAGGAGUUUCAGGUACCACUACCAGUACCGGAUGACCUCUCCCUGUACACGCUCAGCGUGCAACUCGGUCGCAACACCUUUUCCUUCGAAGGUCCCAAUGUGUGGCCGUGCCGGCUUGAGAUGCGACUGAUCACGAGUCGAGCCUGGCAAGACAAUUGGAUCCACGAUGCACAGCUGCUGAGACACCCCCUAGUGCGGCCGCCUCCGGAAGAGAGGUAUGAUAACAUCAUGUCCGUCCUCGCCGUCUAUUUUCACGGAAAAGGGUUCGGCUUCAAACAACAUCGCAGGGACCGAAGCACCUUUUCCAUCUGGUGGAAGGAACGAAAAUAGUGCGACCAUCUGCAACUGAUUUUUGGUUGUUCUAUCUCAGUCAUCUGGGACUAGCAGAUUGCUUUUGCUGUUUUGCCAUUUUUGCUUCGACUAUAUAGAAAUUAUUGAUAUGAGUGGUAAGUCUAUGUUUCGAAAAAGCGCAACAACUCGAUCCAUCAACACUGAAGACAGACCUAAUUCCCACUAAUAGAAACUUAAAAUUAUUCUCUCACCACUAUGUAUUUUUUUCUGAUUUGCUGGGUCUUGGAUCUCAAGUUUCAAAACGAAACAUUCACGACCUCUCUUGAUGGAACAUUUCCAAACACAAAUAAACUUAAAUAAGUGCGGAAGGAGCUGCGCGAGUGUAGCAGUAU